AUGAGCAUCCCAAUUUGCAGCAACUAUUUGCAUAAUAUCUACAUAGAAUUUAACUUGUUUAACCAUUUUUUAAAAGAUUUAAAUCAAAGAAUACAAAGUGGCAAUAACGAAAGGUAUACGCCUAUAUAUGACAGCUGUAUUGAAAAUGCAUAUAACAUACAAAAUAAAUUUCAUGCAUGGAACAGUGAAACAGAACACAUUGAUGAAAAGUUCAUGGAAUAUUUUUCUCAAAACAUUAUUAUAAAUAUUAAAACAUUUUUAAGGACAAACUUGUGCUGCAUAGAUGAAAAUCUGGAGAAUUUAAAAAAUAGAAAUAAAAAAUUAAUUGAGAAAUUAAAAGUGGACUUAGAGAAUGCGGAAAAUCAGGAAAAUUAUAUAUACGAAUUGGAAAGGAGCUUAACAUGUGAAAAAGAAAAAAAUAGAAACGCACAUAAUUUACAGGAAAAAAUAAACAAUCUUGUAAAUCAAAAUGAAAAACUUAAGAAAAAAAACGAACAAUUGGAGAUGUCCUCAUGGAAACAGCAAGAGGAAAACAGUAAAAUAAAAGUUGAGCUGAAGAAAUUUAUGUCUCUCAAGAAAAAAAAAAAUAUUGAUAACGGUAAAAGAUCUUAUAACAGAUUAAACAAAAACAUGAGCACGCUAUUUAAACGAAUUAACAACAACAUGCGGAGAAGCAAGAAAAACAAAUUGUUGUUCGAAAAAAGUAGGAGUUACAGUGCCAGCUUUUUGCAUACCAUCAAUAGUAUAAUGCUCGAUGAGGAUAUCUUUGGUGAAUCAAAUCCACAUAAGGGGGAAUACGGGGAUGAAGCGGAAAAUUACUCACAAAAAAAUGAUAUACAAAAAAAUCGUGCGGGACAAGAUGGCAUAAUGCAAAGUUGUUCCCAUAAAAAAGGAGCCCUACAAAGUGGAGCACAGCAGAGUGGAGUACUACAAAAUAACACACCGCAAAAUGUUGUAACAAUGAGUGACCACUUUGGCCACGAACCCACCGAAGAUAUCAAAAAAACAAUAAAACACAUUCGUCGGGAUCACCAUGCGUAUCCAAUCACUCAUGAAAUACCUAACAAUAUGAUCAACUCAAAAAAGUUUUUCUUUAGAGGAGACAAAAGAGGAAUAUGUAGAAAUGAAUUAAAUUGCUAUAAUAUUCACGAAAACGGUAAUUUUAAAAUGACAGAUCAAGGAGAAAAAAUCCACACAAAUAUAGAAUCCGUAAAUCACAAAAAUACGAAAGGCAAAUGUCAUAAAUGGAACAAAUUCUUUAAAAAUAGCUGCAUGCUCAAAAGAAAUUUCACUAAUAAUGAUUACUGUAACGACGGAGAGAAUACCUUGUCUUGUUACACCAAUACUGUACUUAUUGAUAUAAGAAAAGCGCUAAGAAGCAACCAAACGUUUUUAAUUAACUCUAUAUUAAGGAAACGGAUGUGUAGAGUUAAAAAAAGGAAAAGGGGGAAAUUAAGGACAUUGCUUAAAGAGAAAGAGAAAUGUAGAUUCAAAGAGUAUACUCACGCAGGAGAUGAUCAGUUACAUAGCGUAAGCAACAUGAUAAUGGAGGACUACAGAAGCACAAUUGGCAAUUUUUAUGAGUGCAUAAAAAAAGACAUAGAAAUUGUUAUUGAGCGGGAUGGCAACAUAAAUGUCGAGCUUUUUUCGAAUUAUUUCAAAAACAUGAUAAAGGAAAUCCAUGACGAAAAAAAUAAUGUGAAAAGAAAAAAAAUUGAUAAAAUUACCAGAAAAUAUCUCCGGAAAAUUGAUUCUUACAGAUUACGGGAGCGGGACUUUUUCGAAGAUGAAGGAAAUGUAGAAGACAGGAGUUGCAAAUAUCACAAUAGGAGUUUAAAUAAAUAUGAGUCAUUUGACUUAAGGAAAAUUCUAAAAAAUAAUUAUGAACAACACGAAUUCGGUAGUGACAAUGAAGAAGAAGAACCUUUUUCUUUUUCUUUCUACGAAAAUAGAAAUAUAAGAAUUAUUGACAGAUUAAAGGAUUUAAAGAGUAACAUUUCAUUUUUUAAGUUUUAUGAUUUAAUUGAUUUCCCAAGUAAAUCCUAA